AUGAAAAACCUAUUUAAAGUGUGUGUUUUUUCUCUAAUAAGUGGUGCUCUAAGAGGAGCACAAGCAAUUGUUCGGCAGAGCUACCCCAAAGCCCUCUACGUUCAUUGUUCGUCACACUGCUUCAAUUUAGCACUUUCUGAUGGAUGUUCAGUAGCAGAAGUACGAAACUGUCUGGGUACUAUCGAAACGGUUUACAAUUUUUUUAAUUUUCCAAAACGGCAACGUGUGCUGGAACAUGAGAUCAACAAAUUAGAAGAAAAACCUAAAAUAGAAAAACUUAAAAGAUUAUGUCCCACCAGAUGGAUUCAGAGACACGACGCCGUGAAUGCAUUCGUGUCUCUUCUAAACCCACUAAUAAACGCCUUGUUUGAGAUUUCCACAUGGACCGAUAAAAAAACAGCAACUGACGCUCAAUUGCUUUCAUCGGCAAUUUGUCAAAGUAGCUUUCUUUUAUGUACUUUUAUGGUAAAAUAUGUGUUUUCGCUAACUUUACCACUGAGCAAGUACUUACAGACACCAAAUUUGGACCUGAGUUUAGCUCUUCAAUCAGCUGAAAAUGUCAAUAAAUCUUUAACAAAAAUGAGACAAGACGACAAGAAGUCAUUUUCAGAUAUUUACCUGGAAACAAAAAGGAUUUGUGAUGAGUUUGAUAUUACAAUCUUACAACCUAGGACCACUUAUAGGCAAAUUAAUAGAAAUAAUGUACCAGGAUCAUCACCGGAAGAGUAUUAUCGAAGAGCUAUUUAUAUUCCGUUUCUCGACCAAAUAAUACAGGCAAUAGAUGCAAAAUUUUUAAAUCAUAAAAAUACUCUUGAACCUUUUCAAAAACUUCUAUGCAAUAAUAAUAGUUUAGACAUUAAAGAAGUUUUUAAUUCCACCCAACAGCUCUUGGAAUUUUAUGAACUGGACGAUUCUGGUGCUAUGGGAGAAGUUAUUCUUUGGGUCCAGUUUAUCAAAGAUAAAACAGAAAAGCCACGAAGUGCAAUUGAAGCUUUGGAAAGAUGCAAUAAAAAUUUGUUUCCCACGAUUCACAAACUUUAA